AUGUCAAACAACAACAACAAUUCAGAAUGCAAGUGCUCUAAAUGCUCUUCCAAUAGCAUGGGAUUUGUUUUGGUGUCUACCCAAACACUCAGAAGACAUGCACAACAGGAUAUCGUGAGACAAUAUCAGUCAGGAUAUUCUUCCUCAGUUGUAGAAGUAAUGUCAAAUGACAAUGACAUGGAGAUUGACUUUGAAGACAAAGUUGAUGCCAAAGAUCAAGUUGAAGCCGAAGACUUACCUCUUUUUGACAUUGAUUCCUUGUUUGAUUCUGAAAGUGAAGAUGAGGGUGUCAUUGAAGCAACCAUUUUGGAUAUUUCUGACGGUGAAUCUGAUGAUGUUAGAGAGCACUUUUCUUCAUCCAAUAUGCCAGUCGAUCCUACUCAUGCUUUCAUUGCUUCUUUUGCUGCCUUCUUCAUAUCCAAAUAUGUUGUCAAUUCUGGUGGUGCUGUUCUGUUAAAGUUUCUUAACAAAGUAUUGGCACACUUUGGACAGUCUUUCUGUCUUCCCCUCAGUAUAAACGAUGUCAACUCUAUGACCGGUCUCAGCAACAUGACUUGA